AAACAUAUCACACAAUACAAGUCUCAAGUUUUCUAGACGAUGGCUAAUCACAUACCUCAUAUUACUACUUCAUGGCUUCUCUUGAUCAGCUUCACAUGUGCUCUUCUUAUUACUUGUAGUACUGGGCAAUCUGAGGGUGAUCAACAGAUAUACAUUGUGUACAUGGGUGACAUUCUGAAGGGUGAUUUUUCAGCAUCAUCCUUGCACACUAGCAUGCUAGAAGAAGUUGUGGGCAGUAGGGCAUCAAAGUCUUUACUCCACAGCUAUCAAAGGAGCUUUAAUGGCUUCGUAGCAAAGUUGACCGAAGAAGAGAAGAAGAAACUAGCUGGCAUGGAAGGUGUGGUGUCUGUGAUCCCAAAUGAAAAGAAGCAGCUUUUGACAACAAGGUCAUGGGACUUCAUGGGCUUCCCUCAAGAAGUCAAGAGAGUAGGAGCUGAAAGUAACAUCAUAGUCGGAAUGCUUGACACUGGAAUCUGGCCUGAAUCCGAUAGCUUCAGCGACGAUGGAUUUGGUCCUCCUCCAAGCAAAUGGAACGAUCAAAAUCACAAUAGUGAAAAUGCAGUGUACUGGGCAAAUCGUGCAAUUGCUCACACUAGACUAGAGGAGUAUGGCAGUGCAAUACAGGAUGCAUCAAGGGCUAUUGAAGUUGAUCCCAAAUAUUCGAAGGGUUAUUAUAGGCGAGGUGCAGCACAUCUUGCAAUGGGCAAGUUCAAAGAAGCCCUAAAGGAUUUUCAGCAGGGUAUCUCCAUAAACACCUUCGAUCUUAACAGCAUGUACCCUUUAAUUUAUGGUGGGGAUGCUCCGAAUACUACAGCAGGUUAUGAUGGAUCUGAAUCCAGAUACUGCUACCCAGGCUCAUUGAAUACAACAUUGGUAAAUGGUACAAUCGUUCUAUGUGAUCAGUUACAUGACGGGACAUCAACAUUACAAGCAGGUGCAAUUGGUACAGUAAUGCAAGGCGAUAGAUUUAAAGAUGUUGCCUUCUUAUUCCCCUUAUCUGCAUCCUACAUGACCCCUCAAAAGGGCUCCCAAGUUUCUCUCUAUAUAAAUUCAACUAGUAAUCCAACGGCAAACAUAGCGAAGAGUAUUGAGAGGAAAGACAAAUUGGCACCGUUUGUUGUUUCGUUUUCAUCAAGGGGACCAAACCCAAUUACAACGGACAUCCUCAAGCCCGAUUUAACUGCACCUGGAGUGGAUAUUCUUGCUGCAUGGUCAGAAGCUACGACAGCGACGGGAAUUGAAGGAGAUACAAGAGUGGUUCCAUAUAAUAUCAUCUCUGGAACAUCCAUGUCCUGCCCACAUGCUGCUGGAGCAGCUGCUUACGUGAAGUCAUUUAAUCCAGAAUGGUCUCCUGCAGCUAUUAAAUCUGCUCUAAUGACCACUGCUUCUCCCAUGAGUGUAGAAACCAAUAGUGAUGCUGAAUUCGCAUAUGGGGCAGGCCAUAUAGAUCCUGUAAAAGCUGCAAAUCCUGGAUUAGUCUACGAUAUCAGAGAGGCUGAUUAUGUGACGUUUUUAUGUGGACAAGGAUAUAGCAACAAGUCAUUGAGUCUUGUUACUGGAGAUAACAGUACUACUUGCACUAAAGCCAACAAUGGAACCGUGUGGGACCUAAAUAUGCCUUCUUUUGCACUGUCUACUCAAAGCAGUACUGCACCCAUCACCCGUGUGUUCCAUAGGACUGUGACCAAUUUUGGCUCCCCUGUGUCCGUUUACCAGGCAACAGUGGUUCCUCCACCGGGCCUUGAGGUCAGAGUUGAUCCGAGUGUCCUUACAUUCAAAUCUCUAGGGCAGAAGCAAUCAUUCGUUGUGACAGUCAACGGCACCAUUAGCAAAUAUGUGCUUUCAGGUUCCUUGGUGUGGGAUGAUGGGGUGUAUCAAGUGAGGAGCCCCAUAGUCGCCUCAUUAAAUUAAGUUCUGGACAACAUGUUUGCCCAAUAAUUUUCAACAAGUGUAUGAAGAUACUCUUCUCCUUCUUUUUUUUUUUUUUUUUUUUUUUUUUUUUUUUUUUUUUUUUGUGCGUAAAAUUAACGAAGAAAUAAACAUGAUGUACCCCACAUAAGUAACCUAAAAGAGGUGAACUUUGGGGCGUGUGGUAAAAUGGGAUAAGUUGGGUUUACCUUUUGCCGACGUUUCUUAGGCCUAA